AGCUGACUUAUGGAUAAGAACAUGUUCCAGUCGUUCGUAAAGUUGUGCGUAACUUUACGAACAGCUUUAUGAAACACCACCCAUGUGCAUGCACACGAUCCGCAUUCAAUGCAAAUACAGAAUUGCAUGCUCAGGGGAUGGCCUUAUUCAUCGCCGAGCAACGCAUUCUCUUACAUCACCAGUAACCAAUCAGAGACGAGGAGUGUGAGACAACAGACCAAUCAGAUUGCUUCCGCGUGUUUUCAAGCUCGCUGCUCGAUAAAUAACCUCGACAAUAAUAUUGCACGUAUAUUGCAUGCAUCUUGCGAGUUCUUCAUUCAUUCUGAAACAGAAAGCUGAAGCUGAAAAUAACUUGGACAGCACCUUCUCUAGACGUUUAUAAUAGUCAUUGAAUAAUCCGAAGAUUUUGGCAGUUGUACUUGCAGUUGAAUCUACUGAAUGAUGGCUCAUAUCGCAAGAAAUUCAAAUAUGAACACUCUUGGUUUAAAAAAGCUGCAGAAUCUUGACAAUGAGAACGCUGGUGCAAGGCUUGGUGCAAAGAGCAUGGCUGUUCAAAAGCCUGCACAGAGAGCUGCUCUGGGUAACAUCAGUAACACGAUGCGAACCACACAGGUUGCUGGUAAAAAGGUUGUGAAGAAAGAUGUAAGGACAAAAACAAUGGUAAAAUCCAAGGCUACGUCAUCACUUCAAUCUGUAGCAAGUUUACCUGUUCCUGUGGACAACGUCAAGCCAGAUAUCUGCAGGUCACCGUUGCCACAAGUAGUUGACAAAAUGGAGGUAGAUUCUGUGGAAUCGGCAAUUGAAGCAUUUUCUCAACAACUGAUCGCUCUGCAAGUAGAAGACAUCGACAAAGACGACAGUGACAACCCUCAGCUGUGUAGUGAAUACGUCAAAGAGAUCUACCUGUACAUGAGGAGCUUAGAGAAGAGAAUGGCCGUGCCCGCUGCCUAUCUAGAUAGGGAAGGUCAGCUGACGGGUCGUAUGCGUCACAUCCUUGUCGACUGGUUAGUUCAAGUUCAUCUGAGAUUUCAUCUUCUCCAAGAGACACUCUUCCUCACAGUACAACUCAUUGACAGAUUCCUGGUUGAUCACACGGUCUCAAAAGGAAAGCUGCAGCUUGUUGGUGUAACAGCGAUGUUCAUUGCCAGCAAGUAUGAAGAGAUGUACCCUCCUGAAAUCAAUGACUUUGUUUACAUCACUGACCAAGCAUACACCAAGUCACAGAUCAGACAGAUGGAGAUUGUCAUGUUGAAGGGGCUAGGCUACAAUCUUGGCAAACCUCUGUGCCUUCAUUUCCUCCGACGCAACUCAAAGGCAGCUAUGGUUGACCCAAAGAAGCAUACUCUAGCUAAGUUCCUGAUGGAGAUCACUCUACCAGAAUACAACAUGGUGCAAUACGAUCCAUCUGAGAUUGCUGCAGCAGCCCUCUACAUGUCCAUGACAUUAUUAGGUUCAGAAGGAGACAGCUGGGGAGCUAAGAUGACACAUUACAGCAUGUACAAUGAAGAUCACAUCAGACCCAUUGUUAGGAAGAUGGCACAGGCUGUUAUCAGGAAUGAUGCUAUGACAGAAAAGUAUCAUGCUGUAAAGACCAAAUACCGCAGCAGUCGAUUCAUGAACAUCAGCACUCUCCCAGAGCUGGAAUCCAGUCUUAUCAAAUCAUUAGCAGAAGACGGUGAAGAACGUAUGUGAGAGAUCAGUAGGAUCAAAGACUUGAAAGACAUAUUUGACUAUGAAACUUGUCUGCAGAAAUGGACUGCUCCUUGAUUCAGUGUCUUGCUUUCAUUCAGAAUCGAUGAAUGCCAUGUGCAAUGCAUUCCAGUUGAAAUUGAAUUCCCUAGCUCGAGCGUACGUGGAACAUCCUUGAUCUGAGAUGAUCCCUGCAUUGCAUCUUUUGGAGAAAUUCACCAAUGGUGCCAUUGCAAUUUCUCGCAGGUUCAUUUCAUUAUCUUUAGACUCUUCUGCCAAAGGGAUUUAUCCUGUCACGUUAUGUGGAUUACAUCCGUCGGGUGAAUUAAAGUUGUCAGAGUGUAUAAGUUUCGCUAACUCCAAAGUUGGGUCGGAAAGGCCAGGUCUGUCAAAGGUAAAACAUGCAAGAUAAACAGAUGAAAUGUAAAUAGGACAGAUGCUAGUAUUGGAUAAACAGGAUUGCUUAAUAGCCUUGCCUUCAUAACCUUGCUCUCGGAAUAAUGAUGGGUUGAAAAUGGAAAUGAAUUGUCGCAAGUUAUGUACUGACAUUUACUAUUAAAGUUAGCAUGCUUGGCUAAUGGGGUCGGGAGAUAGAAGUUCAGAUUUUAAUCAUUUUAUAAACAAAAUUAGAUCUCUUCCUUAAAAAAAAUAAUUUGAAUUAAGUGUAAUAUUGGUAUGAAAUUAGCUCACAUUUUUUAAUGUAAAUUAUGUUAUGUAUUCAUUAAUUUAAAUCCUGCACAGCAUGCACUUUUUUAACCAACUUUUGAAAUAUUUGCACCCAAAAUAUCAAAAGCCACCUUACAUGUUCACAAGAUAUUUGUUGACAUUUUUUAAAUAUCCUCAGAACUAACACGAUUACUGCAGCUGAUAUUGUGAAAGUAUGCAAUAUUUUUAUCAGGAAAUCACAAAAUUUCAGCCGCAGGAAGAUCAAUAUCAAUGUCAACAUAAUGAUGCAACUGGUCUCAUCAGUGUAAACUUUAGUUGUGGUUCUUUUUUUUUUUUGGGGGGGGGGCAAAUUUUCUCCCUACUCAUAAAUUCCAUUAAAGUACGGUAGAAAGAAAUGAUAAAACGAGUUUAAGAAAAUGAUUGAGCAAGAAAGUUAUGAGCAUUUGAACGUUGAUCACCUUUGUUAUGGACAUCCUCCCAUUGCUUAUGUGACCAAUAUUUGUGAUGUAACUCUUGUGAGAGUCCCCAAUUUUUUUCUACAUAAAGUUCUUUUUGCCACUUUUAUCAAGUCUAUCCAUAGAUCGGGUUUUUCUUUUUCAUUAGAGGAUAUGCGAGGUUCAUAAAUUACACCAUGGACAAUGGGUUUUUGUUGUCAGAAUUAAAAAAAAAUAGAUGUUUAGGAAAAUUUUAAGUGUCCAAAGGCGAGAUGUUAGUGUGUAAUAUCACAAAUCUUGGUUAUAUUGCUAAUGGGAGGUUGUCCAUACAUAGCAUUGGUGAUUUUGACAUUCAAACGCUCGUACAUGUAACUUUCAGUAAUUGCUCUUUGAUUUUCUUUUUCUUUCUUAAUGCAAGCUUGUUUCAAGGGUUUCAUUCUCAUUUUGUUUUAUUCAUUGCAACGACUACUUUUUUAGUAAAAUGUGUUCAUUCAUUUAAAAGUACAACUUUCAUCUCAAUAUUCUAUUUGGGUGUAUUGUGAUCAGGCAGGCUUAAUCAAAUUGUAACUUCUUUUUUUUCAUGCUUCAAAGGCCAAGUCCAUACCAACAAUUCAAUUUGAAUAUUAAGAAAAUCAAUCACAAAACUGAAAAAUAAAGUUCUGGUAGUUGUAAAGAUCCUUUUGUAUAGGUUUCUUACAUGCUUUCAUUAACUUAUAGAUAAUAUAAUAAAAAUACCUAUUUAUCUCCCAUUUUUAUUUGAAUUUCUGGUGUAAUCUAUUCUCAAACAUUGUUUGGGUUGACUUGACCUUAACAUGUUCCAACAGCAAAAGUACUGUACUAAAUUGUGCAUUUUAAAUGGAUAGAACUUCAUUGACAUUAAAAAUGUAUUUAUACCAGUACCUGAUGCAACCAGGUUCUAACAUAAAAUUAGAGCUCACUGGAGAGUUUUGUAUAUCAUGAUAAGCUUUUAAUAAACUACUAUCUUGCUGUGAAAUGAAUUAUGCAGAGUACAAAAUGUUCAUGGGGGUGCAAUGCUGUUGCACCCCCAUAAAAUAAACAAAUGAAAAGUUUAUAUGCAUACUACAAAAAAAAGGUAAACACCAAUGUAAUUAAGUGGCAAUAACUAUCAAAAAGUAUGUAUGAAGCUUGAAUUCAAAUAUGUAUCCAAUCUGCAAGAUUUUCCAUAUUACAAUGCACUACGUAUUCAUCAGGGCUGCCACUUUUUCGAAUUUAAGUCUGAAUUUAAAGGACAAUCCACCCUAACAAAAAGUUGACUUGAAUAAAAAGAGAAAAAUCCAACAAGCAUUAUAACAGAAAAUUUCAUCAAAAUUGGAUGUAAAAUAAGAAAGUUAUGACAAUUUAAAGUUUUGCUUAAUUUCACAAAACAGUUAUAUGCACAUCCUGGCUGGUAUGCAAAUGAGGAGACUAUGACGUCAUCCACUCACUAUUUUGUAUUUCAUUCUACGAGAUAUGAAAUAUUCUAAAUUUCUCAUUUGAAGUGAUACAACGAUUAAUUCCUCCCUGACAUCCGAUUUGGAGAAAUUUUCAGCACUAUGCUAGUUUGAUUUUUCUCUAUUUAUUCAAAUCAGCAUUUUCCUGGGGUGGACUUGACCGUUAGCAAUAUUCUACCAUACGAAACACAUUAAGGGGUCAUUCUCCAUUUACAGACAUAUAGAGUUCAAGUGGCAUCCCUUUUUUUAUGUUCCAGGAUUAGAUGGGUUGCACAUUUCAACUUAAGUUAAUCAUGUUAUUUUUAGUCUUAUUUGCAAAGUGGAAAAUACAUGUAGUGGCUUUUAAUUGUAUACAGUACCGUAAUAAAGAUUUAUUGAUAUUAUA